AUGAGCCAGACGAAAAAAGGCAUAUUAAAAAGACCACCACCAGCGCCCAAGCCAUUCUUUUCGUUUACACGCGAUGUGCUUUCGAUAUCUCGACUACUUGGACCCGGGACUACACAGCCGUUGAACGCUGACGGGGAGCUUGUGCUGAAGCGAGCACACUUUAUUGUGCCGGACAUAAGGGUCGUAUACCCCAUAUCAAGUGAUACUGCGCCUAGUAGCACGACACAGAGUGAAGCCAGGCUAGAAAUUGAUGCUGCAGAACGUCUAAGGCGAGAAACUGAGCAACAGCAAGCAUGGACAGCUGCUCGCGUAGAGGCCCUAUACCGCGAUAUUUGCAAGAUACGAGACGAGCGAGUGGAUCCGACAAUAGCCGCACAAAUUCGAGCAGGAAUCGCCGCCCCCAAAGUACUAGAUUUAUCCCGGAUGCGCAUGACGUUCGACGUUGCGUCGGCCUUGGCUGACCUGCUCGCCCUUGAUUGGGGGCUUCAACGAUUGAUUUUGUCUGAUUGUGAUUUGGAUGACUUGACCCUAAAGCCCAUUCUCCAUGCAAUCCUUAUUCCAGAUUCCCUCGCCCACCUUGCGCUUGCAAACAAUAAACGACUACGUUUCAGUGCCUUCAAAAUGAUCUCCACAUUUCUAGGCAAAGCCCACGCGCUGGAAUUUAUUGAUUUAUCGAUGAAUGUGAUGGAUAAACGAGCCGUCGAAGCUAUCCUCGCCGUUCUACCCCCUGCUCCUCCCGCACCACCACCACCAGCUGCAACCCCUCGAAUGAGCAGAACCCCUUCAAUUGCGUCUAUAGACAGUGCUGCAUCAGCUAUACAGUUCUCGAAUCCCUUUGAUGGAAGUGCUGCAGUACGACCCACGAUCGACACGUCAGUGCCGAGGCGCGUGCGGGAUCCGACGCGCUAUCCCGAGUCACCUGGUGCAGGCCCUAGCUCCCCACGGCUGUCAGUAUCAACGUCUCCCAGAGGCUCCGUAUCGUCUCCACGGGGUUCCGUCUCAGGUGUCAUACCUCCACUGGAGUCGCCUACGAGCGGAGGGACAACUACUCCGAGGCCUGGAUCCCCAGUCUCGGCAGACAAGAAUAAAAAGACUAGACGCGCAUGGAUGGGUAUCAAAUUUGAUGAGUGCGCGCUUAAAGGGCCUGGGUUGGAGGCGUUUGCCCAUGCAAUACGUACUUCCCAAAUCCAGACGGUAUCCUUACGAGGCAAUAAAAUUGGCUCUGCGGGCGCCGUGGCUAUAGCGUUAAUGAUCAAAGACUAUCCGGAUCAAGGUACAGGACCUGGAGGUACAGGGGCGUUAGCACUCCCCGGUGCAGUAGGGAGAGCAAGCGUAGGGGAACAAACUCUUGGAUUAGGAUUCGGGUUGGGAAGUCAAUCACAAACUCCGCUAUCCAGUGCCCCUCCUUCUCCUCGUCCACCGAGAUCUCUGUCGACUCCCGCGGCGACAGGUCCAACAGGGCACAAUCAAGAUUCUUUAAAUCACACCGAGUCGGCCAACAAUCGGCCAAACGUGACCUCUCAAUCUAGUUUAACUACUAUUUCGACGUUCAAGGAACGGGAUAUUACUUCUUCGCCUCCCACAGGAAGUGAAGGUCUGGCCAACGGCUCAGAUAGACAAGAAAAACUCGCGACUUCGAGCACUAAACCGCCUCCUCCCGUUAUCGCUCCAAAACCAGUAGGCUUGCAAGCGCGGCUGGCAGGUGCGGUCGCGGCCGGGAGUGCCAAGCCUACACCAGCCCUACCUUCAGCCGUCCCUGACUCCCCAGCCAACCAUCCUCCACAAGCUCUUGCCCUGUCAGCCAAACCCAUCGCCCCACCACCUCGUCAUCCAGCUGUCCAGCCUCCCCCAGUAGUUCCGGGUACCAACUAUACCGCAUACGUUCCACGGAUUAGAAGAGCGGCUGCAGGCGUGUCAAAUAAUGUAUCUUCUCAGCCAAGUUCAGGAACGGGUACUCCAUCAGAUCAGCAGGGAAGUGGAUCUCCUGCUAAGUCGAUGACUGGACUUCCAGGUAUUACUCCAGGAGGCCCGACUGUCCAGACAUCAACGGGGACAGGAUCAGGAAUGAUUCCCGUACCAUACACUCCCCGACAAACCCCGCUAGCUGUACGCCUCCAAAACGCUGCGCGCGCCGCAGCUAGUCAGCCUUCUUCUCAAGCACCUCGCGGCGGAGCGCCUCCCUUGACUCGACCAAACAUUCCUCCUCGCCCUGCGGUACCAAGCCCUGUUACGAUGAUCACCAGCUCGUCUCUGGGAGGCGUAACGACUCGACUGCCUUCCAAUCCGCCAGCAAAUGUCAGUACAGCGCUUAGCGCCGGCCCAGCUCCAGGGACGACAGGAAGUAGAACGUCGGCUGCAUUGAUGGAUAUUGUACGGAGCAUGGAAGGUGUACCAAAACUCGGGUGUUUGACUUUGUUGGACUUGAGAUCAAACGACGUUAGAGGUGGGGUGUCCUAUAUCGCCCAAGUACUGAAGCGUAACAGGACGCUGAGGACAUUAAAUCUUAGUGAUAAUAGAAUUGAGGUUCAGGGGUUGGUUCAACUUGCUGAAGCUUUAAAAUACAAUUCAACUCUCGCAUCGCUCGACCUUUCCAACAACCCUUGUUCCUCCCCUUCAUUGGAAGGAAUUCAUGUUAUGCGUAAUGCAUUGACUCUCAAUACGACACUACGCCACCUAUCCCUUUCUUCUACCGGUCUCACGUCUCAAGGUGCCAUCGCUCUCGCCGAAUUUAUACCUGAUUUUCCCUCUCUACAACACCUUGAUCUCACAUCUAAUUCUCUCGACGUUGCAGGGGUCCUCGCCCUCAGCGUGGGGCUCAAAGUCAAUUACGAACUGCGAUGCCUGGACCUGAGCAUUUCACCGGGGGAGGAGGAAAUGGCGCGAUUGUGUAGGGAAAUACUGAAGAUUUGCUUGCGAAAUACUGAAAGGGCACAAGCUACCGAAGAAGCGAGGGCUGGAAAGCUCGUAGAAGGAAUAAUGUCGCCUGUUUUGGAAGAUACAGCCAGCGCCGUCUGGGAGCCGAUUGAGCACAGCACAUUGGCCCGGGACGCACAAGUUAAUAUCAAUGCAACAGCCGCUGCUGGUGUAGACCCGGCCGGCCGAAUCGGGGUAUGGAAGAUGAGCCCAACAGAGGUCAUGUCCGCUGCACGCUCGUGUGCAGACGACUUUUCUCGUGAGGAACGGGGGGAAAAAUUGUUGAAACGAGCGAAGGAGGUGCGAUCCGUGCUUGUAGAGAUGAUCCGAACGGAGAAGGACGAAGCUGUUCUGGGGCAAAUGCUGGCACUCAAUGACGGACUUGUGCGUUUGCUGGCGAGUACCCCAGGACCAACCGUUGGACUCGGGCUGGACAUUCAUGGGGAAGUAUCUGCCGAACAAACCAAGGAGGAAGAGCUAGGAAACAUCGAAGAUGUGGGAGGAGAAGGCGACGGAGAUGGUGAUGGUGAAACUUCCCCAGCGGAGAACUUAAGCCGAUCUUGGGUCGCAGAAGAAGGCGAGAUUUUACGCAAGAGUCGUGUACUUUUAUCGCCCAACGAACUCGAAUCCGAGUCUGGUGCCGAUAGUGAGGCUUUGCGACAAGAGCUACUCGAAGCACAGGUUGAACGUGCACCUGCGCGCGUCGUGGAGGAAGUAGAGGAGUUACCUAUGCGUCCAGAGCCCGAGCCCGAACCUGAACCUGAAUCCGAAGAGACAACGGAGGGGCCAAAGGUAUAA